UUUAGCUCUAGCCGUCUAGCUUUUACAGCUGCUCAACAAAUGUAAUGGCACACGUGUUUAUUAGGAAUUAGGCGCUAUUGUCGUCGUUUUUUCAGCAGCCACACUGACGGUUAUUUAACAAAAUGGCUCCAUAAUGUUUUUGCUACGUAGAAAGAAACGAAAAGUUUGUCAAAUUUUCGUUUGAGAGUGAUCUCAGGCGAGUCAGAAGAAGUCCCAAAUGAGUUCUCAGGAUGUGCUGAAGAGUGCUACCACUCUAGUAUCCUAUAAUGUGCUUAUACAGGUGAUGUUCCGUGUCUUCACCUUCUUGCUGAAUGCAUUCACACUGCGGUUUGUGUCCAAAGAGCUGAUAGGAGUGGUCAACGUCAGGCUGACACUACUGUACUCCACAUUAGUGUUUUUAUCCAGAGAAGCUUUCCGGAGGGCCUGUCUGAGUGGGGUAGCUGGGACGAACCACAGCUGGAGACAAGUUAUCAACCUGCUAUGGCUGAUGUUGCCUCUGGGUGUGUUUUGGGCUGUUGUGCUGAUCAGCGUGUGGCUGUGGCUCCUGGAGGUCCCAGACCCCCAGACUGUCCCUUACUACGGCCCUGCUGUGGUGUUAUUUGCCUUGUCAGCAGUGCUGGAGCUCCUGUCUGAGCCUCUCUACGUCCUGGCUCAAGCUCACAUGUUUCUUCGACUCAAGGUGGUUGCCGAGAGCUUGGGAAUGCUCGCUAAGGGCAGUUUGACCGUAGUGCUGAUAGUGGUUGCACGUGAAUGGGGCCUUUACGUCUUCUCUGCUGCUGAUUUGGCAUACACAGUAUUCCUGGUGCUGUGCUACGUUGUUUACUUCGUCCGUUUCGUGGGCUCUAAAGAGGCAGCCAGGGUGGAUUUUCCUCUGCACAGUGUUGGAGAUCUCUUGCCCCGUAGAGUUCAUGGAGAGCCGCUGUUUGAUUGGAGUCUGGCGCGGCUCACAUGGAGCUUCUUCAAGCAGUCCUUCCUGAAACAGAUCCUGACAGAGGGUGAGCGGUACGUCAUGACCUUCUUGAACGUCCUCAGCUUCGGAGACCAGGGAGUUUAUGAUAUUGUCAGUAAUCUGGGCUCCAUGGUGGCUCGCUUCAUCUUCCUACCCAUCGAGGAAAGCUUCUACAUCUUCUUUGCCAAAGUGCUGAGGCGAGGACGUGAUGUCAAAAGUCAGAUACAGGAAGACGCUGCCAUGGCAGCAGAGGUCCUGGAGUGUCUGCUGAAACUGGUGCUGGUGAUUGGACUCAUUAUCUCAGUGUUUGGUUACGCCUACUCUCACUUGGCUCUGGACAUUUAUGGCGGCUCUCUGCUUAGCGUUGGGGCAGGGCCCACUUUGCUGCGAUGGUAUAGCUGCUAUGUUCUCCUGCUCGCUGUAAAUGGUGUGACAGAGUGCUUUGUGUUUGCUGCCAUGAGCAAAGAAGAGGUUGACAAGUACAACUUUGUGAUGCUGGCUCUGUCGGUGUCUUUCCUGCUCCUGUCCUACAUGCUGACGUGGUGGGCUGGCGGUGUGGGCUUCAUACUGGCAAACUGCCUAAACAUGGGCCUUCGCAUCUCGCACAGUCUGUUUUACAUACACCGCUAUUUCCAGUCCAGUCAAUGGAGACCUCUGCGAGGCCUGCUGCCCUCCCCGCUCCUACUACUGGCACUUGCUGUCAGUGCUGUUGUCACAGCGCUGUCUGAGGGUGUGUUCUGCUGUGACCACGGCUGGUUGUUCAGGCUGGUCCAUAUCGGUGUAGGAGGAGUGUGUCUGCUUGGUGUGUUAGCGGCUGUUCUUCUCACAGAGACUCGGCUCAUUCAAUUUGUGAGGACUCAGCUCUUGCCCCAGUACAGAAAGAAACGCACUUAAAUCAAACUGGAAGUGGAUGUACUGGACUGAAGGAAAACGUCUGGUUUACUACAAAUGUUCUAACAAGAGGUGGUGAUCGACAGUUACUGACUGUGUGAAAGCAACGAGGGCACAACUUUUAAAAACAGACCUGACGUGUGUGUGUGUGUGUGUGUGUGUGUGUGUGUGUGUGUGUGAAUAUGUGUGUGUAUGAUGCUGAUAUGUUUUGUACUGGAUCAUUCCUGUGUUUGCUCAUGUAAGUAUGAACAAACACGUCAUGACUGUUCAGGGAUCUAACUGUGGCCGUCAAAGAAAUAAAUUUAUUUUAAGAAAACA